AUGAAGACACUACUACUGACUCUGCUUGGACUUCAGACAGUGAUGGGAAUGGGACACUGGUGUGAGCAUGAAGUGGAGGAGAGAGUGGAGCGAGUUCUGUCUCCACGUCUGCAGCUUGAAGUGAGCUGUUCGGAGGUGUAUCAGUACAACACCCAGGACUGGAGGUUAGAUGUGGACAGGAUGCGCCUCAAGCAUGGAGGUGAUGAUGGCAUUGCACUCUACUACAAACAACAGGGUCUCAAGGCUUCCUGCUUCUUGUACAAACCUCCAGAGAUGGAGAGCCAGGUAGUGAACAAGACAGUGAAGGCGUGUUGUGAGGGCUGGAGUGGCCCACGCUGCUCUGAAGGUGUGGGUGUGCAUGGUCAGUGUUAUUCUACGUGGAGUUGUGCAGAGUUCCCUGGAGUUCACAACUCGUCCCUGAUGUCCAUUGAGCACUGCUGCAGCAGCCUGUGGGGACUGAGCUGGAGAAAUGCCUCUGAUCAGACUUGCUUGUCCUGCACCUACACUCUCCUUCCAGACUCCCAGUCCUCUCCACUGGUGCGCAGCGGUCUGCUGGGUAGUGCCAGGGUGCCUCUGGGUUCGGCCACAUGCAUGUCCUGGGGUGGAGCCCACUACCGCACUUUUGACAGGAAGCACUUCCACUUCCAGGGCACCUGCACUUACCUUCUGGCAUCAUCUACUGAUGGUACAUGGGCAGUCUACAUCAGUACCGUCUGUAAUGGGAGAGGAGACUGCAGUAAGGCUUUGAGGAUGAUGCUGGGUCUAGAUUUGGUUUCAGUUCAACACAGGAACUUAACACUGAACAACCUUCCUGUUGCAAUCGGAGAUCCACUUUUCCAAAAUGGUGUGAGUGUUCAUUGGCUGGGGGACUUUGUGUUUGUUGAGAGUGGCCUGGGUGUGAGAGUGAAGUUCGACCUGGCCAACACAGUCUACCUGACAGUGACCGCUGGGCACCUUUCAGCUACCAGGGGUCUCUGUGGAGUCUACAACAACAACCCUGAUGAUGAUUUUACCACAAUGGGUGGAACUCUGUCCCAGUUCGCUGCCAGCUUCGGCAACUCAUGGAAAGUUCCUGAUCAGAAGAAUGAAGGCUGCAGCGAUGCGGCUGAGCUUGGUCACAGCUGUGAUGUCUCAGGAGACCCUGUUCUGCGUAAGCAGGCAGAAUCUGUGUGUCACCGACUGCUGGAAAACCCCUUCUCGCACUGCCACUCUCGGUUGGACCCAGCAGCGUACAUGGACACCUGUCUUUACCUCUUCUGCAGCCUGCCACCCAAAGAGAGGGAUGGGGCAGUGUGUGACACUCUGGCCAGUUACGCCAGAGAGUGCGCCCAACAACAUGUGAUUAUAAUGUGGAGGACCGACACCCUUUGUGGUCGUGUCUGUGCCAGAGGUCAGGUGUUCUCAGACUGUGUGUCCUCCUGUCCCCCGAGCUGUGCAUCUCCCCAGCCCCCAGGGCCAGCUGUAGCCGUUGGCCAGUGUAGGGAAGAGUGUGUGGGGGGCUGUGAGUGUCCGCCGGGCCUCUACCUUCACCAAGGACUCUGUCUAAAAAGAGACGAUUGUCCUUGCUUCCAUCGCAGACGCACAUAUCAGUCAGGGGACAGGAUACAGCAGAGAUGCAACACGUGUGUUUGCCGAGCAGGCCAGUGGCAGUGUACUGGGGAGAAGUGUGCUGGCCAGUGCAGCCUGAUGGGAGCGCUUCAGGUGACCACCUUUGACAAAAAGAGGUAUUCACUGCAGGGUGGAGACUGUCCCUUCACUGCUGUGGAGGACUUUGUUGACAGGAAGCUGGUGGUGAAGGUGCACUGUGGGGAGUGUACUGCAGGAGGAGGAGGAGGCCUGGGUUGUCUAAGGGAGAUGUCAGUCACAGCACUCCGCACCACAGUCACCAUCACAGACACUGGUACAGUGAUGUUGAAUGGUGAGAGAGAGGCGUUACCUUUGGUGACAGGAGACCUGGUUGUGCGGAGAGCCUCCUCUUCAUUUCUCCUCAUCCAGACUUUUGGAGCCCAGCUGCUCUGGUAUCUAGAUGGACCCUUGGCCCUGGUCAUGUUGCAGCCCGGGUUUGCAAACAAGGUGCGUGGCCUUUGUGGAACGCUGACCUGGAACCAGCAUGAUGAUUUCACCACCCCAGAAGGAGACGUGGAGAACAGCGUGUCAUCCUUUGCGGGGAAGUUUACAUCAGAGCAUUGUACUCUACCUGGAGGAGCUCCACCUGACCCUUGCACCACCUACACCCAGAGGAGAUACUAUGCAGAGACAGUGUGCUCCAUUAUUCACAGCCCUAUCUUUCAGGCGUGUCAUGACCUGGUGGAGAGGGAGCCAUAUUUCCGUCUCUGCCUGUCAGAGGUUUGCGGCUGCGCUCCACAGAAGGCCUGUCACUGCACCGUCCUCACUGCCUACGCACGGCACUGCGCUCAGGAGAACGUUGUUGCCCAAUGGCGCAACCACACCUUCUGCCCGGUCCAGUGUUCAGGCGGUCAGGUGUACCAGGAGUGUGGUCGUGCAUGUGGAGCCUCCUGUUCAGACCUGCGGCAGAGCUGGAGUUGCGAUGACAGUGGUGGAGGGGGCCUAAAGAUGUGUGUUCCAGGUUGCCAGUGCCCGCCAGGAUUAGCACAGGACCACCAGAGCCAGUGUGUUCCCAUCGCCAUGUGCCCAUGUGUGCAAGAGGACAAGACGUACCAGCCCGGUGCUGUCCUUCAGAACAACUGUAACACCUGUGUGUGUGAGCAGGGGCUGUUUAACUGCACCAAGGAGCGCUGUGAGGAGGUGAACCCAUGUCCAGGCUCUCUGGUCUACUCUCCACGCUCCUGCCUCCUCACCUGCUCCAGCCUGGAUCCUCCUGGCCAACAGCAGGGGCCCCGAUCCGGACUUUCGAGCUGCAAAGAGCCACUGUCUGGUUGUGUCUGUCCCCAGGGAACUGUCCUCCUAGGUGAUCGCUGUGUUCUGCCGGACGAGUGCCCGUGUCACCAUAAUGGUCGACUCUACUACAGCAACGACACCAUCACCAAAGACUGCAACACAUGUGUGUGUAAGAAGCGCCGCUGGCAUUGCGGCCAAUCAGCUUGUGCCGGCGUGUGCGUGGCAACGGGGGAUCCCCACUAUGUGACCUUCGAUGGCCGCUGUUUCUCUUUCCUGGGUGACUGCCAGUACGUCCUAGCGAGGGAGACAGGUGGUUUGUUUAGUGUCACGGCGGAGAACGUGCCCUGUGGGAGCACUGGGGUCACCUGCACAAAGUCAGUCACCCUCAGUCUGGGAAACACCAUCAUACACCUGCUGAGAGGUAAAGCUGUGACAGUGAACGGAAUGCCUGUUACUCUACCAAAGUCCUACAGUGGCAGUGGUCUGUCUUUGGAAAGAGUCGGCCUGUUUGUGUCCCUCUCCUCUCAACUCGGAGUCACUCUGCUUUGGGAUGGCGGUAUGCGGCUUUAUGUGCGCCUGGCUGCCCACCUGAGGGGUCGGGUCGGGGGCCUGUGCGGAAACUUUGAUGGUGAUACGGAGAACGACUUCACAACACGGCAGGGCAUCGUGGAGUCUACAGCUGAGCUGUUCGGAAACUCCUGGAAGGUCAGCCCCUCCUGCCCUGACGUGGCAGAUCAGGACCUCCGAGACCCCUGCGCUCUGAACCCCCACAGAGUGACAUGGGCCAGGAAAAAGUGUGCAGUCCUCAGCCAGGAGCUCUUCUCUCAGUGCCACGCUGAGGUUCCCUUCCAGCAGUAUUAUGACUGGUGUGUCUUUGAUGCUUGCGGCUGUGACUCGGGCGGGGACUGUGAAUGUCUCUGCACAGCCGUUGCUGCCUAUGCUGAGGAGUGUAACCGCAGAGGGGUCUACAUCCGCUGGAGGUCCCAGGAGCUCUGUCCCCUACAGUGUGACAAUGGGCUGGUGUACGAACCCUGUGGCUCAGCUUGCUCUGCCUCCUGCCCAAGCGUUCAGCAGAGUCCAAACUCCCAGUGUGGCGCCCUCUCCUGUGUGGAGGGCUGUUUCUGCCCUGCUGGCACUGUACGACAUGGGGAAGGCUGUGUUGUUCGCACUGAGUGUCCAUGUGAGUGGGAGGGCUCUAUGUUUCCACCUGGUACCACCAUCACUCAACACUGCCAAAACUGCUCCUGUGAGGAUGGUGUGUGGCGCUGUGAGGGUGUGGUCUGCCCUCCUCCCUCUCCUCCCUGUCUAGAUUCAGAGUUCACCUGUGCCUGGGGCCGAUGCAUUCCCUCUCACUGGGUGUGUGACAAUGAGGACGACUGUGGCGAUGGCUCAGAUGAACUGUGUCCAUCAACCUGUUCUCUGGACCAGUUCCGCUGUAGCAGCACGCCAAGUGGACCAUGUUUGAACCUGGCUCUGCGUUGUGAUGGCCACCCAGACUGUGGCGACCAAUCAGACGAGGAGUUCUGUGGACCGACCACCCCCGUGCCCCCGUGCCCACCAGGAGAGUUUCAGUGUGCAAAUGGGAAGUGUCUGCCAGCCACUCGGGUGUGUGAUGGACGACUGGACUGUGGCUUUGCUGAUGCAUCCGAUGAGCAAGACUGUGGUGUGGUGUGUGACGGAGGGGAGUUCCUGUGUGCUGGAGGCCGUUGCAUUCUCUACUUCCACCGCUGUGAUGGCCACGAUGACUGUGGGGACUUCAGUGAUGAGAGAGGGUGUGUUUGUGCACCAGGAGAGUUUCAGUGCCCGGGGGACCAGUGUGUUCCUGCAGACAGAGUGUGUGAUGGAAACAGAGACUGCCCCUCUGGAACGGAUGAAGCUGUCUGUCCAAGUAGAGUGACUUGUGCUCCUGACCAGUUUGCCUGUCGAGAUGGCACCUGUGUCUCCACCGCUAAGCUGUGUGAUGGGACACCAGACUGUCCAGAUGGAGAGGAUGAGAACAGAACCAUUUGCUACUCUAUGUCACAUGUCACCUCGACUGUGCCCACUUCAGCUUGUAGAUCCUUUGAGUUCGGCUGUGCCACUGGUGGCCAGUGUGUGCCUCAGGCCUGGCGGUGUGAUGGGGAGACAGACUGUCUGGAUGGGAGUGAUGAGCAGCAGUGCACCACGCCCUGUGGCCCCGGCCAGGUUCCUUGCCUCAGUGGGGACCAGUGUAUUGACUACCAACAGCUCUGUGACAGGACUCCACAUUGCAGGGACGCCUCAGACGAGAGCAUAGACAACUGUGGUUCCAUCCAGAUACCUCCCUGUCCAGGCAGCUUCUCAUGUGACAACCGCACCUGUGUGAACAUGACACAAGUGUGCGACGGCCUCCCAGACUGUCCACGGGGCGAUGAUGAGUUGGUGUGUGAUAAAACUGUCUCACCUGUGCCUCCUGGUGGCAGGAACAACACUGUCGCCUGCCCUGAAUUUACAUGUAUGGAUGGAUCCUGUGUCUCCUUCAGUAUGGUUUGUAAUGGUGUGGCAGACUGCUCAGACUCCUCAGUAGCGCCACUUGGAGGCCCCACAGAUGAGCAGGGCUGUAGAACCUGGAGCUCCUGGGGUCCCUGGGGCCCCUGCAGCACCUCCUGUGGGACAGGCUCCACCAGCAGGCAGAGAACCUGCCCAGCAGGAGACCCAUUGCGCCACUGUCGGGGACAGGAUGUCCAGAGGCAGCAGUGCUUCAACACCACCUGUCCAGUGGAUGGUCAGUGGAUGCCCUGGGUGAGUUGGUCCAACUGCUCCAGUGGCUGUGGUGGAGUGCAGGUACAACACAGAGGCUGCAUCCCUCCUCGCUACGGAGGCCUAGACUGUUCUCAGCUGCCUGGACAAUCCAACCUUGCCAUGGAAAUCAAGCCUUGUCCUGACGAUGGAUGUGCCAACACCAGUUGUCCCACUGGGCUGGUGAGACAGAGCUGUGCUCCCUGUCCAGUCUCCUGCGCCCACAUCUCGAGUAGGACGACCUGUGAUCCCGCAGCACCCUGCUUUUCAGGCUGCUGGUGUCUAGAGGGCCAGGUGAUGAGCCAUACCCAACAGUGUGUGUUACCAGAGGAGUGUGCAUGUGAGGCGGCCGGUGUGCGCUACUGGCCGGGCCAGCAGAUGAAAGUGGACUGUGAAAUCUGCGUUUGCGAGAGAGGAAGGCCUCAGAGAUGUCAGCCCAACACAGACUGCGCAGUUCAUUGUGGCUGGUCAUCUUGGUCUGAGUGGGGGGAGUGCUUGGGGCCCUGCGGUGUCCAGAGUGUCCAGUGGUCUUUCCGCAGCCCAAAUAAUCCCACCAAGUACGGAGAUGGUCGAACGUGCAGAGGAAUUUACAGGAAAGCUCGUCGGUGUCAGACAGACUCCUGUGAUGAGUGUGAGUACCAGCGUCAGGUCCAUGCUGUGGGAGACAGAUGGAGAUCAGACCCCUGCCAGUUAUGCCACUGUCUGCCCAAUCUGACAGUGCAGUGCUCCCCCUAUUGUCCAUAUGCCGUCACUGGAUGCCCACAGGGUCAGAGUCUGGUGCCUAGAGAGGGAGACAGGUGUUGUCACUGCCAGGGAGGAAAUGACACCGUUCUCGUGACAGAGACCCCUGACACUGUGACCUCUAAACCAACAGAGGGUACUACACCCCUGGUCCCCACAUAUCCACUCCCUCCUGGAGAUCAGUGUUGGGCUCCUCUGGGUGUGCAGACUCUGCCAGGCUCAAGUUUCAGGGCCUCAUCACAGCAGAGUGGUCACGCACCUGAGGCCGCUCGCCUGCAUGGGUGGGACCCCCAUACGGACCUCCAGGGCUGGAGUCCAGAACCUGAGGAAUAUAAGGACCUUCCACAGCGGAGCCCCACCGGACACAGCAGCGCCACACAAAGCCCCUACCUGCAGAUAGACCUACUGAAACCUUAUAACAUCACUGGUGUGUUGACACAGGGUGGCGGUGUGUUUGGCACCUUUGUAUCCAGCUUCUACCUGCAGUUCAGCCAGGACGGCAGACACUGGUACACUUACAAAGAGCUGGUCACUGAUGCACGGCCCAGAGCCAAGGUUUUUCUUGGGAACCAUGAUGACCGAGGGGUGGCUGAGAGCCGACUGGACCGGAUGGUGUCGGCUCAGUAUGUCCGCCUGCUGCCUCAUGAUUUUCAGAAUGGCAUCUACCUUCGACUUGAGAUUAUGGGCUGUGGAGAUGGUUAUCGCUGGUCGACUACCUCCACCCCUCCCUCACCAGUGUCCCCAGCGGGUGGCUGCAGAGUGAAGGAGUUUCAGUGUAAAAAUGGCCGCUGUGUACCAGCAGGUCCACUGGGAGUUGUAUGUGAUGGAGUCAAUGACUGUGGCGAUGGAUCAGAUGAGAUGUACUGUGGUACUCAGCCCUCUACUACAGCCACCAGUCCCCGCAGCUGCCCUGCUGGUCAGUUCUCUUGUCCCCCACCAGGUGGCUGCAUUGAGGCAGGUCAAAGAUGUGACGGUAAAUUCCACUGUCCCAAAGGAGAGGAUGAAACUGGCUGCCACCCCCACAGCAACACAACCCAGUCAGACAGACCACACACUCCCACCCCUGCUCCUCUCAUGACUCCGUCUAUGGCUGCUGUCACUCAUCCUGCAGUAACAUCAGCUGCUGGUAUCCCAGGAUAUCGUGGCAUCUGCUCCUCCCCUCUCGGACUGGAAGAUGGGCUGAUUCGAUAUGGACAGUUGACCUCAUCCUCACAUCGUGAGAACAACCCUGCUGACGCUGGACGACUAAACAUCGUCCCCAACGUCCAGGUGAUGGAGCCUGGAUGGAGUCCCUUACCCACCGAUGCUGAGCCAUAUUUUCAGGUGGACUUCCUGGAGCCCAUGUGGUUAUCAGGGGUGGUGACGCAGGGCAGUGAACGCAUGAGGGGUUACCUCUCUAAAUACCGCCUGGCCUUCGCGCUGCACAGCAGCCUUUUCUCAGAUUAUACUGAAGAUGGAAAACCUGGUGGCCCUGCCAAGGUGUUUGAGGUGCGGAUGGUGGGCAGGAACGCUGUGACGCGCUGGCUCGAUAGGCUGGUCAGAGCUCGCUACCUGCGCAUCAUCCCAGUGGAGUUUAGACACACCUUCUACAUGCGUGUUGAGAUCCUCGGGUGCAGAGGAGAAGAGCUGGUGACCCCCAGCAGCGUGACCUCAUCUCCCCCUGCUGGUGGAAAAGUGACAGUACAGCGCUGUAAACCAGGCCAGUUUGCGUGCCAGCACACUGAGCAGUGUGUGUCUGUGUCCGUGCUUUGUGAUGGACUACCAGACUGCAAGGACCAUUCUGAUGAGAUCAACUGUGGUACAGCUCCAACCAGAGGCCCACCAGGGCUGCAGAACCAGACCAGCUCUGCAGGGAGACCAGGUUUCCAUCGCGACACUACUACUGGUGCCCCAGGCCUCCACACCACCGGGUCACAAGGUGGCAUUCCUGGUGUGGUUUCAUCAGUGGUCACGGGCCACUGGACCCCAACACCUCCCAUCUAUCCAGGGGUCACCACAGGUCAGCCUGGACUGCACCUCAAGACAUCUCCUGGCUCUGGAAGGCCUGGUCUACAAACCACAAAAGCACCGUGGAUGACCACAGCGCCCGAUGAUGGGGGCCGACCCAGAGUGCUUUGUGUGGAGGGCCAGUUUGCGUGCCGAUCAUUUGGCUGCGUGGACUCUGCGCAGGUGUGUGAUGGUCGACGGGACUGUUUGGACGGGUCAGAUGAAGAACGCUGCGGCAUGACAGCCAGACCAAUGGUGACUUCACAGCGCCCCCCUGUGCCCAGUCCAUGUUCUCCCAAGCAAUUCCCCUGUGACAGUGGGGAGUGUGUUCACCUGGACCGCAGGUGUGACCUACAAAAGGACUGCGUGGAUGGGUCCGAUGAGAAAGACUGUGUGGACUGCAUCAUGUCCCAGUGGACAGCCUGGAGCGCCUGUAGCGUGUCCUGUGGUCUGGGCUCCUUGUUUCGGCAGAGGGACAUACUGAGGGAGGCUCUGCCUGGAGGGGCCUGCGGUGGAGACCAGUUCGACAGUCGAGCAUGCUUCCCUCAAGCAUGUCCAGUCGAUGGUCAUUGGUCGGAAUGGACAGAGUGGUCGGAGUGUGACGUUCAGUGCGGAGGUGGAAUCCGGCGCAGGAACAGAACCUGCUCCGCCCCUCCUCCUAAGAACGCCGGGCGAGACUGUGAGGGCAUGACCCUGCAGAGCCAGAGCUGCAACAGCCAGGCCUGCACCAAAGACACCGGCACACAGACAGGUUGUGUCAAUGGCAUGGUGCUGGUGACUGAGGCAGACUGCCAGGCUGGAAGAGUUCAGGAUUGUCCUCCUACCUGCUCACAUCUGAGCCUGACCAACAACUGCACUGCUGCAUGCAUACUGGGGUGUCGCUGUCCCAGUGGUCUGUACCUUCAGGAGGGAUGGUGUGUAAAUGCCAGCAGAUGUAUGUGUCACUGGGACGGCCAAACAUUGCAGCCAGGACAGACAGUCAGUAAGGACCAGUGUACGACAUGUGUUUGCAAGGAAGGACAAGUCACCUGCGACAGCUCCAUCUGUGUGGCGAGCUGUCACUGGUCCGCCUGGUCGUCAUGGUCACCAUGUGAUGUUACCUGUGGUCUGGGCCUUCAGCAGCGCUACAGGUCCCCGGUGAACCCUCUGGGAGCAGUCAGAGUCCGGCCCUGUCCAGGAGACUCCUCUGAGGCCCGCAGCUGCUCCAGCCCCUGCCUCCCUGUGCAACCAGAUGGAGUUUGGAGUAAGUGGACCGGCUGGUCAGAGUGCAGUAAGACGUGUUUCAACCUGGUAGAUGAGGUGGGAAUCAGACGACGAUUCCGCAGCUGCAACAGCACUCUCACAACAUUCAACUCCACUCGCUAUGGCUGUGAUGGGGACAGCGAGGAGCAGGAGCCUUGCAACACAGUGCACUGUCCAGUGAAUGGCGGCUGGUCAGUAUGGUCACCGUGGUCUCAGUGCACAUCGGAGUGCGACUCCGGUGUUCAAACAAGAGAGCGACUCUGCAGUUCACCCUCACCACAGCAUGGGGGCAGCAGCUGCCAGGGGCCACACAUCCAGACAAGAGACUGCAACUCCCACCCCUGCACAGGUGUGUGUCCAGAGGGCAUGGUGUUCAUGACGGCAGCUGAGUGCCACGCUCACGGUGGUGCGUGUCCGCGGGUGUGUUUGGACAUGACCUCCGCUGAGGUGCAAUGUGCCACUGCCUGUUAUGACGGCUGCUACUGUGCCCCGGGCUUCUACCUGCUGAACGGCAGCUGUGUGCCCCUGGCCCAGUGCCCGUGUUACCAUCAAGGAGAGACGCAUCCAGCUGGCACCAUCCUGCCCGUCGAUGUCUGCAAUAACUGUACCUGCCUUAAUGGAGAAAUGGAGUGUGGAUCAGCUCCCUGCUCUGUGGACUGUGGCUGGAGCAUCUGGACCCAGUGGAGCACCUGCAGUCGAACAUGUGAUGUUGGCGUGAGAAGGAGGUAUCGUUCAGGGACGAAUCCUCCCCCGGCGUUCGGGGGUCGUCCUUGCGAAGGACACAGAGUUGGGAUUGACACCUGCAGCAUCGAACCCUGCUUUGGUAUGAAGGGGCCAUGGAGCACAUGGUCAAAGUGCUCAGUAUCAUGCGGAGGAGGGUACCGGACUCGAACCCGCGGGCCAAUUCGAAUCCACGGCACAGCUCAGCAGUUCAGCGCCUGUAAUCUGCAGCCAUGUGGUGAAGGCCGAGUGUGCCCCCCCAGCCAGGACUGGAAGCAGUGUGUGAGGGGGGCAGUGUCGUGUACAGACCUUGCAAUGGACCUCAGCAGGAACUGCACACCAGGCUGCCAGUGUCCACCGGCAACUGUCCAACAGGACGGUGUGUGUGUGCGAGAGUCCGACUGUCGCUGUGACAUGGGCGGGGAGCAGUACAAACCAGGGGACAUUGUCCCCACUGACUGCAACAACUGUACAUGUGAAGCAGGGAGGCUGGUGAACUGCUCUCAAGACAGAUGCAAUGUUGAUGGCCAGUGGUCCAUGUGGACUCCCUGGGGUCAGUGCUCAGUGUCGUGUGGUGCAGGGCUCCAGUCUCGGUACAGGUUCUGCUCUAGUCCCCAGCUCUCUGGCAGCGGCUUGCCAUGUCUGGGACCUCACAGAGAGGACCAAGUCUGCAUCAACAGCCCAUGUGACCGUGACGGAGGUUGGGGUCAUUGGAAUAACUGGACGGAUUGUACCAAGUCCUGCGGUGGGGGAAUCCAGAGCCGGAGGAGAGAGUGUGACAGUCCCAGUCCAGAGGGGGAGGGGAAUUACUGUGAGGGUCUGGGAACUGAUGUCAGAGCUUGUAACACUGACCAUUGUCCAGUUGCUCCAUGUUCUCAGGUCCCAGGCACAGUGUUCAGUAGCUGUGGUCCAUCCUGCCCUCGCUCCUGUGAGGACCUGGCACACUGUGAGUGGCGAUGUGAGCCAGGCUGCUACUGUACCGAGGGAAAGGUCCUGUCUGCGAAUGGGACAGUCUGUGAAGAGAGAGAAGACUGUCCCUGCCUGGACCUCGGCACCGGGCAGUGGCUGGAGCCAGGAGAGACCACAACAGCCCAUGAUGGAUGUAACAACUGUACCUGUGAGGGUGGGAGGUUCAACUGCACGAGUUACACCUGCCCAGUGCCAGGUGAGUGGUGCGAGUGGUCAGAGUGGACUCCUUGCUCCAGGACUUGUGGAGCAGAGUCGGUGUCCCGCUACAGGAGCUGUGGCUGUCCUGAGCCCAAGGGUGGAGGGGCGGCCUGCACAGGAGAACAGGAGACACACAACGGGGUCGGAGUUCAAAUCCAGAGACAGCCCUGCCCUGUCAUCACCUUCUGUCCAGUCCACGGUUCAUGGAGUCCCUGGUCGGAUUGGUCAGACUGUGACGCGUGUGCCGGAUCGUCCGCUCGCACCAGGGAAUGCAACAGCCCUCCCGCCAGGUUUGGUGGGCUGCCCUGUCUUGGAGAGAGCAGACAGAAACGUGGUUGCCAUGACAACAUUACCAUCUGCUCAGACUGUGGUGGAGGCCAGGAAGAAUGGCCUUGUGGGAAGCCCUGCCCUCGCUCCUGUUCCGAUCUCCAUGGUGACACCGUGUGCUUGGACUCCCCCGAGUGCAGCCGAACUUGUGGUUGUCCAGUGGACAUGGUUCUGCAGGAUGGAGUGUGUGUGGCCAGGGACGAGUGCCGCUGCAAAUACCAUAACAGUUCUGCCACAGGAGGCCUAGAUUCCAGCAAUGCAUCAUGGGUAUGGCCUGGAGGAUCUGAUUGGCAGUUUGCGAAUCCAGGAGACAGCAUUAUUACUGACUGCAAAAACUGUUCAUGCGAGGUUGGAGUCCUGCGGUGCCAGUCACUGCCGGGUUGCAAUGUUGACGGUGGCUGGAGCCAAUGGGGAGCCUGGACUGAGUGUUCGCUGCCCUGCGGAGGAGGAGUGAAGUUCAGGGGACGCCAGUGUGAUAAUCCGUCUCCUCAGAGCGGUGGGAGAGGCUGCCUGGGAGCCGCUGGGCAGCAGAAAGACUGCAACAUACACCUGUGUACAGAUUCCGUGGGCCCAUGGCUGCCCUGGUCAGACUGGUCUGCGUGCUCGGUCAGCUGUGGUGGAGGGCAACAGACACGCUCUCGUCUCUGCAGCUCUCCUCCCUGCAGCGGCCUCAGGCGCCAGAGCAAGACGUGCAACACGCAGGUCUGCCUCGAGGUUGGCUGCCCUCCAGGCCGGCUGUACAGGGAGUGUGAACGAGGUGAAGGCUGUCCGUUCAGCUGCGCUCAGAUCAGCGGCAGAGAGGGCUGCUACUCAGACGGCUGUGAGGAAGGAUGUCACUGCCCUCUGCUCACGUACCAGCACCACGGAGUCUGUCUGCAGGAGUGUCCGUGUCUGGUGGACAGAGAGUUUCUGGCGUCCUUACAGAGUGUCUCCAUCAAACCGGUCUCAUCCCUGCUCCUCUACAACAUCUCGGAGGGAAUGGAGCUUCAGCCUGGAGACACACUGGAUCACGACUGCAGCACAUGCGGCUGUGAACACGGCAGGUGGAACUGUUCCCUGGAGCACUGCCCGGUCGAUGGUGGCUUGUCACCCUGGGGCCCCUGGAGCCCCUGCUCGCUGUCCUGUGGAGGUCUGGGCCUGAAAACGCGCUCCAAGGGCUGCACUCAGCCCGCACCAGCCCACGGAGGGAGAGCGUGUCAGGGUCCACGCCAGGAAACCACCUACUGCCAGGCCCCUGACUGCCCAGUAAUUAUUGGUCCUACAGAAGAACCGGCUUUACCAGAUGAGGAUGCUGGCUUCUCUCCCUGGUCAUUGUGGAGUCCCUGCACUAAGACCUGCACGGAUGCUGUCAGGCCGGCCAUGAAGUCCCGCCAUCGACAAUGUGUAAAACCUCCUUGCUCUGGAAGCUCUCACCAAGAGAUAGCCUGUAACCUGCCCCAGUGUUCAGGUGAUGUCUGUGUCGGAGCUGACUGUGCGAGGAGAAACUGCUCCUGGACCGAGUGGGGGGAGUGGGGCCACUGUUCGAGAUCGUGCGGAGUGGGUCAGCAGGGGAGGAUCCGAACCUUCCUCAGCCCCGGGCCCAACGGCACGUGGUGCGAAGACAUCCUCGCAGGGAACCGGGAGCAGCGCUUCUGUAACAUCCGGCCCUGCAGAGUGGAUGGAGGCUGGUCCCGCUGGAGUCCCUGGUCCCGUUGUGAUAAGCGCUGCGGUGGUGGACGCUCCAUACGCACUCGCUCCUGCUCCAGCCCGCCACCCAAGAACGGGGGGAAAAAGUGUGUAGGAGAGAAGAACCAGGUGAAACCCUGCAACACCAAACCCUGUGAUGAGAAAGGUUGCCCGCAAGGCCAGGAGUCUGUGUUGUGUGCCAACCAGUGUCCACAGCGCUGCUCGGACCUCCAGCAGGGCAUCGAGUGCCAGGGCAACACCGACUGUCAGCCCGGCUGUCGCUGCCCUGAAGGCCAGUUGCAGCAGGACGGGAUGUGCGUGCAGCUCUGGCAGUGUGACUGUGUGGACUCGCUCGGACAGAUUUGGGCGGCUGGGAGUUGGCAUCAGGUGGACUGUAACAACUGCAGCUGCUCCGAUGGACAGCUCCUCUGCACCAACGACAGCUGCCAGGCCACGUGCGUGUGGAGCUCCUGGUCCAGCUGGGCGUCAUGCAGCGUGACCUGUGGGCAGGGCCAGAGAACCAGAUACAGGUCCCUGGUCCCAGAGACUGAAGGAGCAGACUGCCAAUUUGAAGAAGUCCAGCAUAAAUCCUGCAGCCCAGGCUCCUGUCCACCCCUCUGUGUGCACGAGGACCAGGAGCUCAGCGUGGGACACACCUGGCUGCAGGGAGAGUGUAAACAAUGCACAUGCACGCCCGAGGGAGAUUACUGCCAGGACAUCGACUGCAGAGUGGAUGGUGGUUGGACGCCCUGGUCAGUUUGGUCGGACUGCUCAGUGACAUGUGGACAGGGGGCACAGGUCAAAACCCGUGCCUGCAUCAACCCCCCACCGCGAAACAAUGGGUCUGACUGCAGUGGGCCAGAGAGACAGACCCAAGACUGCCAUAGUCCUCCCUGUCUGGAUGACCUUUGCCCCUGGUCGCCAUGGUCCCCGUGUUCUCGGAGCUGCGGUGCUGGGUCUGUGUCGCGGCGCAGGGUGUGUGUGUGUGAGGAGGGAGGAGAUGCAGCAUGUCCCACUGAGAUUGAGGCAGAGAGGAACAGAGAGGAGACCCAGCUGUGUUACAAACAGCCCUGUCCAGGCUGUCCCAUGUCGGAGUGGAGCGUUUGGUCUCAGUGCUCCUGUGACUCUCAGAGGCAGCAGCGUUACCGCGUAGCUCUCUCCCCGGCCACCAGGGGACAACCAUGCACUCCGGUUGAAAUGCAGAGCAGAGCAUGCAGCCUCAGCCAGUGUGGUGACUGUGAUGCCCCGUUCCUGUACUCAGCCUGCGGCGCCCCCUGUGAGAAGCAGUGUGUGCUGCAGGGCCGGGCAGAUCUGUGUUUAGGUGUCAGAGAGUGUACGCCUGGCUGCUACUGCCCCGAGGGCCUGCUGCAGCAGAACGGAACCUGUGUUCCUCCAGAGGAGUGUGGCUGCGUCCAUCUGCAGCACCGAGCUCCAGGACAACCGCCCACACCUGUUACCGUCCCCCAGGGCGCCACUGUCACCAUCGGCUGCAGUACCUGCCUUUGCCAUGAAGGGACUUUGCAGUGUGACAUGAGAGAGUGUGAAGUCAUCAUCAGCGAGUGGUCGGAGUGGACUCCAUGUUCUCCCUGUCUUCCCUCAUCCUCCCUGCAGAACAGCUCUUUCCAAGCUGGGGUUAUCAGUGGCACUAAGAUGGUGUCCAUCCAGAGACGUUUCCGGGCGUGUUUGGACCUCGAUUCUGGUCUCCCAGUCUCCAAAGAGGAGGAGGAUGAGAGCCAGUGUUCGGGACCCCUUGUCGCAGAGAGGCUUUGUCCAGAUGUUAGCGUCUGCAGAGAUCUGUGUCAGUGGAGUGCGUGGAGUUCCUGGACGGCCUGUGCGGACCCGUGCAGUGGAGGAGUCAAGCAGCGCUACAGGCGGCCGCUGGCCUCUCCUCUGGGGCCCCGCUGCAGGAGCCAGCAGACCCAAAGCCAGAGCUGCAACACAGGACUCUGCAUAGGCGAGCGUUGUGAGGACAGGGGACGGACCUACCAAGAGAGCUGUGCCAAUCAGUGUCCUCGCAGUUGCACUGACUUAUGGGAUCAUGUUCAGUGUCUCCAAGGAGCCUGUCAUGCAGGUUGUCGGUGUCAGACGGGAGAGCUGCUGCAGGACGGCCACUGUGUGCCAAUCACAGAGUGUCGCUGUGGUAUCCCAUCAGGCAACGGGACACUGGAGUACCUCCCCCAAGACGAGGUUACCAUGGACUGCAACACCUGUGUGUGUGAGAAUGGCACUCUGGUGUGCACUAAGCUUCCCUGCCCGGUGUAUGAGCCCUGGAGCACAUGGAGCUCCUGCUCAGCUUCCUGUGGGCGUGGCCAGUGGACAAGAACUCGUCUCUGCCACGACACAGAGGGUGGUCCCUCCUGUGGUGCUACCAAUCAGACAGAGAGCUGUGACCUGCCAUCAUGUCCAGUCGGUUGUUUGUUGAGCGAGUGGUCAGCGUGGAGUGAGUGCAGCGCUACGUGUGGUGGUGGGUCGUCCGUGCGGAACAAGACAGUGCUCCGAGACCCAGAGCCGGGUGGGGGGGCCUGUGUUGGACCCCUCGAACAGCAUACUGUCUGUAACACCAACCGCUGCCUGCCUGCGUGUCCCAGUGGGCAGGUGUUUAAUGACUGUUCAGGUCAAUGUCCACAUACCUGUGAGGACCUGUGGCCACACACUCAGUGUUUACCUGGGCCCUGUACCCCCGGGUGUACCUGCCCUCCUGGACAGGUGUUGCUCAGAGGCUCAUGUGUUUCCCACGCUGACUGUCCCUGUUCAGCACUCUCCCUUCCGACUGGUUACCAAAGCUUGAAUGUCAGCAUGGCCGAGAUCUCAGACGCUCUGCUGCCGCCUGGAACAGCCGUUCAGCACCUCUGCAAUACAUGUGUAUGCCACGGUGGAGCGUUCAACUGCACCUCAGAGAGCUGUGAUGUGGACUGUGUGUGGUCCAGCUGGUCCCAGUGGAGUCCGUGCUCAUCCAGCUGUGGUUCAGGCCAGCAGAGCUCCAACAGAACCGUCCUGCAGCCUAGUCAAUACGGAGGGGCCCCAUGUGAGGGCCCGGACCAUCGCACCAGGAUCUGCAUGGCCCCUGACUGUGCUUGCCCUGACGAGGAGCAGUGGAGGAGGAGGCCCGUGACAGAGGAGGUGCUGCUGUGUGAGAGGAGCUGCCUGGACAUUUACUCCUCCUCUCCUGUCAACUGCAGUCACUCCGCUGAGGGCUGCGUGUGUCAGGAGGGACUUUACCGAAACACGGAGGGUAUGUGUGUCAUCCCGGCCCUCUGCCCCUGCCAUGACCGGGGCAUCCUGCGAGAGGCAGGAUCAGAGUGGGAGGAGGGCUGCACGUCCUGUCGAUGUGUGAAUGGGAAGAAGCAGUGCCAGCUGAGGUGUCCUCCACUCCAUUGUGAUGAGGGGGAGGUCAAGGUGGAGGAACCAGGCAGCUGCUGUCCGGUCUGUAGAAAACAGUUUCCAGGCGAGCCCCUGCCGGAGUGCCGCCGCUACAUGCAGGUCAGGAACAUCACCAAAGGAGGCUGUCGGCUUGACAAUGUGGAGGUCAGCUUCUGCAGGGGACGCUGUCUGUCCAGGACUGAUGUCAUCCUGGAGGAGCCGUACCUCCAGUCGGUGUGUGAGUGCUGCAGCUACCGUCUGGAUCCAGACACCCCCGUCCGCUUCCUCAGCCUGCGGUGUGAGAACGGCGAGAGCGAGCCGGUCGUCCUGCCUGUCAUACACAGCUGCGAGUGCACCAGCUGUCAAGGAGGCGACCUGUCCAGACGCUGA